AGUCAUCACCACAUGCGCACAACCACUACCAAUGUCUGCUUCUUCUUUAUUUAAUCUCCCGUUGAUGCGCCUCAGAUCUCUCGCUCUUUCGUCGUCUUCUUCUUUCCAGUUUUCACAUCGUCCUCUAUCAUCGAUCCGAUUCGUUCUUUCACCGGGAAAGUUACCAAAUUUUCGUGCUUUCUCCGCUACCGCUAUGACAGAUACUAAGGAUGCUGGGAUGGAUGCUGUUCAGAGACGUCUCAUGUUCGAGGAUGAAUGCAUUCUUGUUGAUGAAACUGAUCGUGUCGUGGGGCAUGAUAGCAAAUAUAACUGUCAUCUGAUGGAAAAUAUUGAAGCUAAAAAUUUGCUUCACAGGGCUUUUAGUGUAUUUUUAUUCAACUCGAACUAUGAGUUGCUUCUCCAGCAAAGGUCAAACACAAAGGUUACAUUCCCUCUCGUAUGGACAAACACUUGUUGCAGCCAUCCUCUUUACCGUGAAUCGGAGCUUAUCCAGGAAAAUGCACUAGGUGUGAGGAAUGCUGCACAGAGAAAGCUUCUCGAUGAGCUUGGUAUUGUAGCUGAAGAUGUACCAGUUGAGGAGUUCACUACCUUGGGACGUAUGCUUUACAAGGCUCCUUCGGAUGGCAAAUGGGGAGAGCAUGAACUUGAUUACUUGCUCUUCAUCGUGCGGGAUGUGAAGGUUCAACCAAAUCCAGACGAAGUAGCUGAAAUCAAGUAUGUGAGCCGGGAAGAGCUGAAGGAGCUGGUGAAAAAAGCAGAUGCAGGUGAGGAAGGUUUGAAACUGUCUCCAUGGUUCAGAUUGGUGGUGGACAAUUUCUUGAUGAAGUGGUGGGAUCAUGUUGAGAAAGGAACUUUGGAUGAAGCAAUAGACAUGAAGACCAUCCACAAACUCUGAAAAUUUUCUUAAGAUUUUGGAUAACUUUAUCUUUGUCAUUUUUAUCUUUGUGAUGAUAAUAAUUGGGAGAUGUGUUAAAGACUUUUAAAGAUUCCAAGCACAUCAGGCAAUAAAGUCUUCAUUUUUAUUUGAA